GUCUGGCAGUGACGUGAUGCUGUCUGCCUCUAAGCCCCGCCCCCAGUGCAGUAGCGCCGCCCCCCCGCGGGUUCCCAGCCAACUUGGACUUGAAUGAGGUGCGCGCAGACGGCUGGAAAGUAGUACAAACCGUCUGGGAAUAACACCGGGAAUACUGGAGUCCAGAGGCCAGACAGCGGGACGGGGGCGGGGGGAAGGCGGCUAAAGGAAAGCCGCGACGAAAGCCCUGGAAGAAAGAACCGUCGGUGAAGGAAGAGGAAAAGCCUGCGUCAAUGUUUUUAUUCGACAGCGCGCGGUGAAUCCCCCCCUUUUUUCCUCGUCGAUCCCCGUGAGAUUUUUUUCAAUGUUCAGCUUCAUGGGUCUGAUGAACGGAACCACCGACACCCACACCAAUGUCUCCUGUACAUGUAACUGCAAGAGAUCCACUUCAUUCCAGAGUAUGGCGAUCACCCAGCUGGAGUUUGUUCAGAUCCUGGUGAUCGUGGUGGUGAUGAUGAUGAUGGUGGUGGUGAUCACAUGUCUGCUGAAUCACUACAGACUCUCUGCGCGAUCUCUCAUCUCUCGCCACGGACGAGCGCGCAGACGCCACCUGCCCCUGCCGUCGGAGGGCAGUCUGUGGUCCUCUGAUGCUCCAGGCUCUUCUAGUGCCAUCAGUGAGCAGGUCUACACUCCUCGACCUCCGGACCGGGUCCCGUCGUACCUUCAGCGUGAGCGUCUGGACCGCUUCCAGCCCACGUACCCGUACCUUCCCCACGCCAUCAUCGACCUCCCGCCGACCAUCUCGCUGUCAGACGGAGAAGAGCCUCCGCCGUACCAGGGCCCGUGUACCCUUCAGCUCCGAGACCCCGAGCAGCAGCUGGAGCUCAACCGAGAGUCGGUCCGAGCGCCUCCCAACCGCACCGUCUUCGACAGUCCUCUGAUCGACGCGGGCAUCAGCGCCGGGAGGCUGGAGGGCGCUCCGCCCGCGUACAGUGAAGUCAUAGGGCACUACUACCACCCGUCGUCAUUGCCGCGCCACGCACAGACUCAGUCCGCACCUCCGGCGCUGCUGGUGCAGGGCGUCAUUCAGAUCAGCCGCACGGACAGCAGAAACACCCGCAACAAAGACAAACAGAAAGCACAGCAGGUCUGACGAGCUGACGUCAGCACCUCAGUGCAUUAGUAUGAGCGAUCGUGCUUCCCGUUUGUCGGAGGAAAAUCACGGCAGUUGCACAACAGACUCACACGAGAGCUGCCGCUUCCGGAUUUGCUCCGGUCUUGCCUUUUCACUCGGACCGAGACGAACUUUCUAUACAUAUUUACAUGUUAUUUGUCCUCUUCUCUCUCUGUACUGACAAACUCUGACAACAAACAAAAACAGGUUUGAUUCUUCGCUGGAAAAAGUCUCGUCUGUCCAGCGCAAACAUCGAAACAUUCUUAAAUCAAGAUACAUUUACUGGAGAAGCAAAAUAGUCAUGUUUACUGAAAAAAGAAAAAUCAUCAAAAUGAAGUGAGUUUGUGCUUAAAACAAGAACAAAUAUAAAUGUUUGUUCUUGUUUUAAGCACUUAAACCACUCAAUAUCUCAAUUUAACACUGUUUAGAUGUUUGUGCUGGAAAGCAAGAUAUAAACACUGAGGAAGAACAUCAUUUUUUUGCAUUGUAGAAAGUUUCAGGGUUCAAUUUUACCCUCAUCUUCAAUACAAAACGGUUCUGUAAAAAUGCCAACAUCACUAGUUUUGCAUCAGAUGCACAAUAUUUAUACUGGAGCGUAAACAUUUAUUCUGACGUUUGUUUGCUGUCAGAGAGACAGAGAGAGAGCGGUCGGUUGUUUGUUGAGGUGCCAACAACACACAGAUUCAUGUAUGUAUGUGUGUGUAUAUAGGCUACUAUAUAAAUAUAUAUAUACAUGUAUAUGGAAAGCUGAAAAAAAGCAAACUUAAAAGCACGAUUUUAGAGUUAUUUAUAUAAAUGUCUAAAAUUGCACUAUUUUUAAUAUUACAAUAUGACGAGCCUCGGCUUGCGAUCAGUCCACAGAUGGCGUGAGUGUCCUAUGAACGAGUUCAACGCUUCACAGCUCGACUGAACAGAGUUCUAGAGUAGUCUUUGAGCUAGAUUACUAGUGUAGAGUAAUUUCAGAGCCCUUCAAAUGUGUUUGCCUUAACUUUAUUCUGUAUUCUAGAAAUCUGAAUUCACAAUCAUUGAUGAUGUUUAGAGCCGAAGGAUUCCUUCUGUUCGGCUGUGGCGCACCGGCUCGGCGUCUCUUAUAGCACUUUACCGACAGCGGGAGGAAAACAAUCGACGACACCUGUAGCCGCUGAUUCGAUUCGGAGUACACAGAGCAAAAUCUCCAGAGUUAAAUCAACUCUGCUCACAUGGUCCCUCUCUAUAUUGAAGCAGAGUGAAAGUUAAUGAGAUAAUUAAGUUAUGAUUGAGCAUUAUUGAUGAACGCCUGCUGUUAACAAGCAGAAUCACUGAAAAGAAACACAAUAACUACAACUGACUUCAGCCACAGCUUCUCAAGAUCUGAUUAAUUAAACAACUCCACAAACAGCACAUUAUAUCAUUAACUUUAACUCUAUUUUAACUCUACAUAGAGAGGGAUCAUAUGAGCAGAGUUGAUUCAACUCUGGGGAUUUUGCUGUGUAAAUGAGCACAAAAGCAAACGAAUAUGCAAACGCUCCCUCACGGGACGACGCUCGCAGAGCUGAAAUCACGUCAUGGGAAUGUUGAUUCACUCUUGACUCGAGUCACUGAAUCAUAAAUUCAACUCAUUCGCUGCCAAAUAGUGACUCGCACAAACGAACCCAUGAUUCAGUCUGCGCUCGUCCGUCCAGGCGGGGAAUAUCGGGUCGGGUUUUGCUAGUGUUCGGGUUUAUUCCAGAGAAACGCUGCUUACAGGAAGUCAAGAGCUGGAGAGAGAAACUACAAAUGUAGUUUAAACGCUUAUCGGACUUUAAUCUAGCUGUUUAGUGCAUAAUAUCAUAUUAUCUGCCAAAUGCAUUUCCUAAAAACCAGCUGUUUAAAUUCCUAAGUAGGUAGCUAGUGCAUUUGUAUAAUCUAUAUAUAUAUUCCAUAUAUAUUUCUACACAUAUGAUGCUUUGGCAUUUCCAUAAAUGCGCAGUUGGUGUGGUUCUCUCUCCAGCCGUGGCGUGACGUCUUCCCUUUACAGAGAUGCCCGUUUUGUGCCCUCUUGAGAUGCCAGUGUGUCACACGCCCCAGUCAGCCAAUCAGGCGGCCGUUGACAGGAAGUGACAUUGUAUGCAUGAUGAUGAUGAUGAUAGUGGAGAGAGUUGCAAUAUACCGACUUUUGGCCUUUUGAUAAUGUAGUUUAGCGCAGAUUAAAUAUGUACUAGUUGUUUUCAUGUUAUUGUUAGGUCAUUUUUUUUUGUUCGCUCACAUGCAUUAAACAAACGGCAGAUUUGUAAGUGAUGUUAACUUCAGUUUCGUUCGUUCAGACCCUCGUGACGUGUGCCUUCAGUCGUGUGUCAUUCUGUUGCCUUCAUAUUUGAAUCUUUCCUUCUGCGGUUAAGAAAACAUUUGAUGCACGUUUGAUUUGGUGAAAGUUUAAGCACAAGAUGAAACCAAACGACGGGGACGUCUGCUCAUCUUCACGUUGCUUUAAGUUGGCGUUUCUCACGCUCAACUCUUAAUCUAAUAACUGAAGGCCUUCCAUGUGAAAAGAGGCAUUUCCAAAGAAGGACUUUCUAUCCAAGCCUUUGCGAGAGGUCAGAACGACUGGACGACUGGACUAAAGCUCUUAUCUCGUGUUUUUCUCCUCUCUUGGCAUUGCUUUGGGUUUGAACAUGCCAUUGAACGCUUUAGAGAAUCCAGCUGUUGCGAAUGGAAAGCAUCUGCAGUGCUUCUUCUGCUUCUCAUUCGGCGUUCAGAUAUCCACAUGUGUUAUUGUCAGUAAUGACCGCUUACUUGUAACUCUUACUUUUAUUUUUAUUUAUAUCAGAUCUUGAAAAGUGUUACCGGAUGUUUCUCUUUGGGACAGUGUCUAUCACACACACACCAUGUUAUACAAUCUGAUGCAUUUCAAUUAGCUGCCAAUUAAACAAAUAAAACAUUUUAUAAAAUAAUUUA